ACCGCGACAACAUGAAGAAGGAAGCGUAAGCGAAUCAUCAAGAGUGCCGAAACUCAUAAAGGUACAGGAACCAAUGGUAAUCGUAGAAUCUCCCAAGGCAGUUGGUGUCAUCAAGAAGCCAAGGCGAAAGAGGUUGCCGUCAGUCGUCGAUACCCUAAAACCAUAUGAUAUUUCAGAGGAUAUCCUAUCCAUGAAAGCGAAUGCCACAUUCGCGCAGUUACUGAAAUAUCCUGACCAACAACGCAACCUGUCGAAAAUUUUGAAAAGAGCCAAACCGCCAGAAGAGACGAACCAAGUAAGCUCGGCAGAUAUGUUGAAAACGACGGCCGCCAAAUGCUACGUACGAGUCGGAGACAAGACGAUGGUGGCUGUUUUGGACACUGGUGCAGCGGUAAGUAUAAUAACCAAGAGACUAGCGGAUAAGCUUCGCCUGACGAUAAAUGAGAAAUCUACGUCUGUGGUCGUCACGGCGAACAGAACCAGGGAAAGGACCUUGGGAAAAAUAAAAGAUGUAGGAAUAACAAUCCAGGGAGUAACUAUCCCCGUAAAACUACGAGUUAUAGAGUCAAGAGACGAAACGCUCUUGCUAGGAACCGAUUGGUUCCAGAAGACUAAAGCGCGGAUACACUUCGACGAGCAGAAGAUAUUUUUAAGGUACCAAGGGAAAGAAUUGGAGAUACCCAUCUCGCACAACGGUGUUGAAGAGCUGACGCGACCGGACGAGUCGGAAGAGAGCGACUAUGAGAGUGGAGGUACUUACGGCGAAUUCGAAUAUGAAAGCGAGGAAGUGGAGGAAGAAGAAGGAUA